GUCAAGAAGUGCUCCUGCGGAACCUUUUUGAGAUGAGACGUGAUUUCAGUCGGACGAAUAUCCACAGCGCCCCAAUAAACAUGGCUGACAUUCCAAGUGAUGCGCCACAGCACUGCCCCGGGACGGCCAGUGAGCAGGCAGGGAAGACGUCAGCAUGUCAGGGUUGUCCCAACCAGAACCUCUGUUCCUCUGGAGCCACUAAAGCACCAGACCCAGCUAUAGAGGAGAUAGCAGAGAAGAUGUUAACAGUGAAACAUAAGAUCUUGGUCCUGUCAGGGAAAGGAGGAGUAGGGAAGAGCACCUUCAGCGCACAUCUGGCCCACGCACUGGCUAGUGACCCCACUAAAGAGGUAGCCCUUCAACAUCUCUCUCCCUCUA